AGUAGUCACGCGUCGACCGCAGAAGCGUCCGCGCGCGCCCUCACAGCCGCUGAAAACUGAUGCCGAAUUCGAAAUGACCGGUCCCGACCACGACCGCUCGCGAUCCAUCUGUGCUCACAGAGUGUUUGCCCAGUGAUUUCUUUUAUUGGUGCUUUUAAGUGAGUGACGCUGAGAAUGCACGAGAACCCGCGCUGGACAUUUACAAUGGCCCAAAUUACAUUAAAUGGGUAAUUGAUGUUCAGACUAUGAACAGUGAAAACGCAUUGAUGAACUAUUCCUUCAUAACGUAACAAAAGUACGCAAACAAAAUGAAAAACAGUGAAGAGUGUUUAGACUAAUUCAAAGACAAUCAUAAAAGAAAAUAAGUGUGAUAUUUAUUGAUCUUAUUUAAAAAUAGAUAAUUAAUUUUAUUAUAUUAUUAUAUUGUGAAUAACGAAUAAAUUAUAGACUUAUAUACGUUAUAUUGUAAAUAAAUAAACAGUGCUCAAAGACUAUAAACAGAAGAUAAUAUAAAUAAUAUAACCACGGUGGAGAAAAUUUCCUGGCUUGUAAAGUUCGGACUUCUAGAGCCCGCGGCAAACAUCGAAGCGACGGCGGCAAUUGCAGGCAUGGGAAUCAAAGUCAUGAUGAAAGCUUUCAAUAAGCCGAAAGACAUACCGUCGCAGGUGCCGCCGCUCACGCCCGGCACCAACAAGAAGAUGGCCGAGGCGCUGAAGGCUACCUUCGCCUCCUGGGAGAAGGAACAGCUGCGCCUCGGCGUGCCCAAAGAUCCUCGACAAUGGAGCGAGGCGGCCGUGGCGGCGUGGCUGCGAUGGGCUGCCCGGGAGUUCUCGCUAGAGGGGGUAGCGCUACAACAGUUCGCGCGCGCCCAGGGCAAGGACAUCUGCGCGAUGGGCAGGGACGAGUUCGUCGCACGGGCGCCCGCCUUCAUGGGCGACAUACUAUGGGAGCACUUGGAAAUACUACAAAAAGAUGUGGAGAAAGAGCGGUCUUUACUCGCGAACGUGCCACCGAACAUGUACGAGAGCAACGUGUGCCUCCCCGAACUGCCCGACUACAUCCCCCCGCCGGCACAUCACUACAACAACAACAACAAUACUGGGGGUUACACAACGGGCGGUCCCCGCGAGACCAACACAUACUACACAGAAGCGAGCGGCGGGGCGGCGGCGCCCGCGCACGCGCCCGCUCCCGCCUCCGCGUCGCCUUUGGACGAGUACUACCAGCCCGAGUACCCGCCCGCGCCCGCGCAGCCCUACCUCGACGAGUACUACCACGCGCACGCGCACGCGCACGCGCAGCCGCUGCUGCACGAGCACAAGUACCAGCCGCACGCCUACACCAAGCCUUAUCCGAGAUCGACGGGCGGGCGGUACGCGGGCGGCGAGGUGUACGGCGAGGCGUACGCGGCGGAGUACGGCGGCUGCGCUGACUGGAGCGAGUGGCCAGCCGACCAGCACGCGUUACUGCCGCAGGACAAGCUGCCCUACCCCGCCUCCGGGCCCUGCUUCACUGGCUCAGGCCCCAUCCAGCUGUGGCAGUUCCUGCUGGAGCUGUUGACGGACAAGAGCUGCCAGGGGUUCAUCUCGUGGACCGGCGACGGCUGGGAGUUCAAACUCACCGACCCUGAUGAGGUCGCCCGACGCUGGGGCAUCCGCAAGAACAAGCCCAAAAUGAACUACGAGAAGCUCUCCCGCGGCCUGCGCUACUACUACGACAAGAACAUCAUCCACAAGACGGCCGGCAAGCGCUACGUCUAUCGCUUCGUCUGCGACCUGCAGAGCUUGCUUGGGAUAUCACCCGAGCAACUGCACGCCAUGUACGAGCCCAAAAUGGAGAAAAAAGACGACGACUGAUCCAGACUCCGCAUCACAACAUGUCAAACACAUUUAAUUAGUGAAUUAGUAAAUGAAAAAAACGGACUUCCGAUAUACCCUCUCACCUUCUACAAUAGACAUAAGCAUCAAGCCAUAAAUGUGUACAUAUUUACGUCACAAAAAGUACCAUAUAACUUUUUUUUUUAAUUUUCCAGUCAAACGUACUUUUCUCAUUAAAAAAUUACACACUCGAAGCCAGGUAAAUAGCUGAAUUAACCACGAUUCGUUUUCAUCUUUCGUCAGAUUUUUCAAUAUAUUUUCGCGGAAAAUGGCUAAAUAAAUUAUUGGUACUUCAUUGUUCAGUGUUUUCUCAAAGAGCAUCUGCGUCAAUUAAAUACUCUAUGAUGAAUGAUGACUUAAGAUGAAGCUACCUAUGUAAACUAUCACACGCCAUACUAUGUACACAGAUGCUGUUACUUUUAUACCUUACUUUAUGUAUCUUCAUAAUGUACCUAACGUAGAUUUUCAUAUUAUAAAAAUGUCAGAUUUGAUCUCAUGCACAUCCACCAGUGGAAUUUAUUUACUUAUUAAUGAGGUUUAUGACUACAUGGUUCUAUUAAACACCAAUAUACCUACACGAUCGUACUCUUAUGUACCAGAUUAACCAACGGUGCCUUAUCACAGACUGUUGUUAAUUUUUUUUAUAAAAAAUAGAUUAAAACAUCAACACUAAUUUAAAAUAAGAACAAGCUCAAACUCAAAUAAAUUCAACUGAAAAUGAUAAUUAUACUUCUAUUUUUUGAAUUCCAAUGACAUUUUUUUUUUAAUUCAAUUCAAAACAAAUACCAUGUUAAUUUGGUGAUGACGCUUGUUUUUAUUUUACGUUAAUGUCAAUCGAUGCAAUCGUAAAAGCAAUACUAAUGUUGCUUUUAGCACUGGUAUUGGCUGGCUAUGAAGGCUAAGUCGUAACUUUUUAAACCUUUAUCACUAAGUUUUAAUAUGCCUAUAGGUAUUCGUUUUACGUAUAUUUGGAAGUUAUUCCAAACACCCGUUUACUUUUUAUAUGAAUACCUACAUCCUCCAAAUAUGCGUAAAAUGAAUAAAUGCCUUCCAUUUAUAUUUCAUUCACUUUACUACGUCCUUGAUUACUUCUGAAGUAAGUACUGAGAAAUCAUUAUUAUAUACAAUAAAUAGAUUGAAAUAGUAAAAAUUCUGCUAUCAAUUUAAUAAUACUGUAAAUAUAAAGUUAAUUUUGUUACUUUAAAAAUAUAAUUAGGUAUUAUAUUAUAAUAGGUAUUAAGUGUUGUAUGUUUGAUCCGCAAAUUGUUGCAAUAUGCGGUUAAAUUAAUACAUAGUUAGAAUGAUGACGGACAAGAAAAAUCUAUUUAAUUCAAUAAAGCCCAAAGAUUAUUGAAAUCUAUAUACGUGCCCACCAAUUGGUAAAAAAUUAACUGUGAAAUCACCAAAGGGACUUCACUUUUAUAUUGUUAAACUUAGAGAAGUUUUAUUUGUAGAAUGGAUUCAAAAUAUCUGACAUAUCAGCGGCUACUUUGAAUGCAUCCUUCAUCCUUCGAAUUAAAAAUAAAAAUAAAGAUUUUUUAAAUUCUGGAGAAUAUAGCAACACCGGGUGACGUCAACUUGUCGAUGAUCUCGUGGUAAGGGAUUGUAUGUCUUACUAGUUAUGAAAUUAAUUAGUUGUAUUAUUUUCAAUUUUUAUAGCUCCUAGCAUACACCGAAGAUAUUUCGAUAAGUUUUAUUUUGUAAAGUAUUACUCCUCCAUCAAUAUUAUACUCUUAUUUUCGUUAAUCAAUUUAAUUGAGCGAUUUAUAAACCCAACUUUUGUUUAGAGAGACUUUUAACUGGUUGCAGUACUCCAUAUUUGAAAUUCUAAUGAAAUGGAAAUGAUGAAAAGAAUUAGCUAUUAUUUAUUGCUAACAACCCCCUUGAUGAGUGAGUGAUAUAUUACCUAUUUUAUCAUAGGUAGGUACAGUUUAUGAAACAAUAUUUUCAGUUGUAAAUUAUAUAUAAUAUAAUAUAAAGUGCUGCUCUAGUUAAAUUCAGUUUUAUUGUAGUCCAGUCCCUAUACUAAAUGAUUUUGAUAUUAUAAAAUAAGUAUCCUUCUUUCAAUGAUGUCUUCCCCGUGCUAACAUGAAAAGUGAAGAUAGGAAAUAAAUAAUAAUGUAUAGAGAUUAAUUAAAACUCUGGAUAAUAAUGUUAUUAAAAUGAUAUUUGUAUUAUCCGCCAAAUUGAUGUAUGUACCUAUCAGUGUUGUAUGUAUUGAUGGAAGAUAUAAAUUUAAAUAUAUAUAUUUACGAAAUUA